GACCAAAUUAAGCCUGCCUGUACUGAUGCUGAAGAUUGAGCAUCUUGUGAUCUUGCGACUGAAGAGAUUCCGUGUCCGGCAUGUAUCCUGUGUGUCCUCAAGCUCCUCGAGCUCUGUCAUGGAGAGAGAAGUGGACAUGUGCUUUUUGGUGGGAUGUGACUCAUUCCACGUUUCUAGGAGAAAUCCGCCUGUUUGUCAUCUGAUAAUACUGUAAUGUACACUGUGAGGCAGCUAACAGCUGACAGCAUUUUUGGAGCAGGUACUUCCAAGCUGGUAAUCUUCACCAGUAAAAUUCAGGACUUCAGCCAGGACUUCUAUUUGAAGUGAAGUGUGUUGAGCUUGGAGAAGAAGAAAGCAGGCAUCUUUGCUUACCUGAACUACCAUGUUCCCCGGACAAGAAGGGAGAUCCUGGAGACCCUCAUCAAAGGGCUCCAGCGGCUGGAGUACAGAGGCUAUGAUUCUGCAGGUGUGGGAAUCGAUGGUGGAAAUGACAAGGACUGGGAAGCUAACGCUUGCAAAAUCCAGCUUAUCAAACAGAAGGGGAAAGUGAAGGCUCUGGAUGAAGAGGUUCACAAGCAACAGGACAUGGACCUGGACAUCGAGUUUGACGUGCACCUUGGCAUCGCCCAUACCCGCUGGGCUACCCACGGCGAGCCCAGUCCCAUCAACAGCCACCCGCAGCGCUCGGAUAAAAACAACGAGUUCAUCGUCAUCCACAACGGCAUCAUCACCAACUACAAGGACCUGCGGAAAUUCCUGGAGAGCAAGGGCUACGACUUCGAGUCGGAGACGGACACGGAGAGCAUCGCCAAACUGGUCAAGUACAUGUACGACAACCGCGACAGCGACGACAUCAGCUUCACCACCCUGGUGGAGAGGGUCAUCCAGCAGCUGGAAGGUGCUUUUGCCCUCGUAUUCAAAAGUGUUCAUUAUCCUGGGCAAGCCGUCGGUACCAGGCGAGGCAGCCCCCUGCUCAUAGGAGUACGCAGCGAGCACAAGCUCUCCACCGACCACAUCCCAAUACUCUACCGGACGGGUAAGGACAAGAAGGGGAGCUGCAGCCUGUCGCGUGUGGACAGUACCACCUGCCUGUUCCCUGUCGAGGAGAAAGCUGUGGAGUACUACUUUGCUUCAGAUGCUAGUGCCGUCAUUGAGCAUACCAACCGAGUGAUUUUCCUUGAAGAUGAUGAUGUAGCAGCUGUGGUCGAUGGCCGUCUUUCCAUCCACCGGAUUAAACGCACAGCAGGCGAUCACCCUGGACGCGCCGUGCAAACCCUGCAGAUGGAACUUCAGCAAAUUAUGAAGGGUAACUUCAGCUCAUUUAUGCAGAAGGAAAUUUUUGAACAGCCAGAAUCUGUUGUUAAUACGAUGAGAGGAAGGGUCAACUUUGAUGACUACACGGUAAAUCUUGGCGGGUUGAAGGAUCACAUUAAGGAGAUUCAGAGGUGUCGUCGUUUAAUCCUUAUCGCUUGUGGGACAAGUUAUCACGCUGGAGUUGCGACCCGUCAGGUUCUGGAAGAACUGACUGAAUUACCUGUUAUGGUCGAACUAGCCAGUGACUUCUUGGACAGAAACACCCCUGUCUUCAGAGAUGAUGUUUGCUUUUUCCUCAGCCAGUCAGGUGAGACAGCAGAUACUUUGAUGGGUCUUCGGUACUGCAAGGAGAGGGGAGCCUUAACCGUCGGAAUAACCAACACGGUCGGCAGCUCCAUAUCACGGGAGACGGACUGUGGCGUCCACAUCAAUGCUGGGCCAGAGAUCGGGGUGGCCAGUACCAAGGCCUAUACCAGCCAGUUUGUCUCUUUGGUGAUGUUUGCCCUGAUGAUGUGCGAUGACAGAAUUUCGAUGCAGGAGAGGCGCAAGGAAAUCAUGCGUGGUCUAAAGGGACUGCCAGACUUAAUUAAAGAAGUGCUGAGUAUGGAUGAUGAGAUCCAGAAGCUAGCCACAGAGCUAUACCAUCAGAAGUCUGUUCUCAUCAUGGGACGUGGCUACCAUUAUGCUACAUGUCUUGAGGGAGCUUUGAAAAUCAAAGAAAUUACCUACAUGCACUCUGAAGGGAUAUUGGCAGGUGAGCUGAAGCAUGGUCCUCUCGCGUUGGUGGACAAACUCAUGCCUGUUAUCAUGAUCAUCAUGAGAGACCACACGUACGCCAAGUGCCAGAACGCCCUCCAGCAGGUCAUUGCACGGCAGGGGCGACCUGUUGUGAUUUGUGAUAAGGAAGACAUCGAGACAAUUAAAAACAAUAAAAGAACGAUCAAAGUUCCCCAUUCAGUGGACUGUCUGCAGGGGAUCCUGAGCGUUAUCCCACUUCAGCUUCUGGCGUUCCACCUCGCGGUGCUCCGAGGAUACGAUGUUGAUUUUCCAAGAAAUCUGGCCAAGUCCGUAACUGUAGAGUGAAAGAUCAUCUGAAUCAUAGGGGCAAAGGGGAAAUAAAUGAAAGACUUUUUUUGGUACCAAAAUAACUUGAUUUUAAAGUCCCCUAGGUAAAUCUUAUUUUGGUAAAUCAUUGUUUGUGUAUAAGAUCACCGUAAUUCCAUUACAUUAGUGAUUGUCAAAUUGAUUCCACAUGCUAUGCCAAUAGCUUUGGGGUUUUUUGAACAAUAGACCUCCAUGAAAGAUGUUAAAUGGUUUUCUUUAAGGAUUACUGAGUCUUCUAGGUAAGGGGCCCUCCACUUUCAGAUAACGUCAUUGUUUCUUAUCCAGUGUGGCUCAUUCCAAUUGUUGAUGAGAACCCAUUGAAUGAAUGACCUGUCAUGCUCUCAGGCAGUGAAGCAGGACACUAGAACAUGCAACUGGAACAAGAGCUGUUACCGCCAUGCUUGUGCAGAUAGUAUUUUAGGAAACAAGCAUUUGGGGUAAAUUUCUGCCUCAUGUACAAAAGGGAAUUCACCUGACCUGUCACAACCUCCUAAAUUUUAGGCACGUGGUAAAUGUGCUGAGAAAAUUAAUGUUGCUUCAGAAGGAUUUUAUCUAUGCCAAAUACCCAGCAAGUGACAAUCUCGUAGACUCGGUGGGCCACAGCGCGCUGUGUAACGCCAGUGUAUGCCUGUAGUUGUGCCCGUGAAGACAGUGGAACUCGCGCCUUCGAGUGUAAAUGGAAGCAGUGGCUGACUCGGGACGGAUGCUUACCAAAGUGGGGGAAAAGAGGAAUAUGGGCAGUGCUCCGUUGGUGCUGGUGUUUUAUUGUUGCUGUUGUUUUUGUUUUUUUUUUUAAAAAAAGUAGAAGUCUUCCUGUGUUGAGGAUUUUUUUCCCCUUGAACUGAGCACUGUGGUACUAUGAACACACCCUAGGGAACCAGCUUUAUGCUGCUGCAGGUCACUUACUAGUCUGAAUGCGCAGAAGAAAGUUCCGACCUUGCACCUCCCCGGCAGAGAGACGGCCCUAGAGCUCCCUUUCCGAGGCUUGCUGUGUUAGCCAAAGCCCCUUAGUGGAAGCGAGGGUUCUGGUUUAUUUAGGAGCAGUUCAUGUGUGACUCGUGUCAAAUCCAGCCGGUUUAAAAUUGGAGGGGACAAAGAAGAUGACAGACGCAACAGAGAUAGAUACCUUGGUAAUAGUUUUGUAGCAGGCUUGCAGAGAUCCAGAAGUUACACAGAACAUGCACCUUCAAGACUUAACGCUGACUGUUUCAAAGCCAUUAACGGGCAGUUGGCUAUGUAUUUCCUAAUGCAAAAAGGUGAAUUUCCUACCAGCUUGAUGGGUUUUGAAUUUGCUUUACACAUGCACCAUCAAAAGAAAAACCCACCCCGAGGUGUAAAGCAACGCUUGCCCCGUGCUGGUGUGGGGGGCUGCCUGCCGAGCCUCGUCCUCCCUGCGCAGGACCACGGUCGCAGAGCAGCGGCCGUCCCGGUGGCUCGCAGCAGCAGUCCCGGGGGCUCGCAGCGGCCGUCCCGGUGGCUCGCAGCAGCAGUCCCGGUGGCUCGCAGCAGCAGUCCCGGUGGCUCGGACAGCGGGAGAUGGCUGCCGAGCCCGAGGGUUCCCAGCGGCUGGGGCAGCUCUGCUUUGUGUGAAAGGGCAGCGACUCAAUUCGGUAUCAGCUCAAGGCGUAGUUUUAUUAUGAGGAUGAAAUGCUGCGUGCCUGGAGACAGACAGCUUCUCAAACCAGAUAGGUGUGUAUUAAUUAGCACUGUAUUCAGACUAUUAAUUUAAGACCACAUUGUGCUGCCAGUGUCUGUUUGAGAACAAAGCAGCAAAUAGCGCGUUUUAUUUAUGCAGCAUUCGCUUAUGAGACACUGACUCCUAACAGUUACGUGCCUCUGCCUAAACGUGACCAGUAGACUUCCAUGCUUCAUCUGAAGGUGAUGCUUGUCCUUAAGGAAAAAACAACGCAUGUUCAGUGCUAAUGCUUUGAAGACAGUUGUUGUUCCUCCUCCUCUUCCUCCUCCUCCUCUUUCCCCCACUGAGCUGGCUUAAGAGAAACUGUGCAAACCUUUCACGUGGGGAACUGGAGCUGAGGCAGUUUCCCCCCAGCACAAGGACACGAGGACUUGCAGUAUCGCAUCCUGUGCUCUCGUCAGCAUGGGAGCUCGUGUGAAAGUAGCCCGCAAGAGAAUUAUUUUGAGAGCUUUUUCUCCUAUUCUGCUCAGAAGAAAAGCAGCAAGCAUUGCUUUUAUCUAGCCGUGUACAGAUGAUUGUCCGCUAGCUUACCAAGUCUCCUAGCAAACAGGAUAGUAGACAUCCUUGUUGAAAUACAAGUCGCUAUUCAGUAGGAGUUCGAUAAUGCAGGCUGUUAAAUAUUUAUGAAAGUACGUUGCAUACAAAGAGGACCAAAGAACAGGAGCCUGUUAGAGAUGCAAGUCUGACGCUCUCACGUUGGGUGUAACUGUACAGAUAUUGCCGAGCUAUUUGUUUUGUGCUGUGAUAGACGAAUCCUUAUUCUUUGUAACUUAAGGCAUUAAGACUCGUGACAGGUUCUUCAUGGUCAGAAGUAAGGUAGUACUCACCCCCCGCAUUCUGCGAGUCGCCAGCAAACUGCCUGACGUGUAUAAAACUCUGCCUGCCAAAACAGAGGUUUAGCCGCUACUUGCAACUGGGCUGUCGGACAUUGUAAUGCUUGAUAUCAAAGAAUGCUGUGGAGCACACUUGCUCUGAAGAAUUUCUCUGAUGAGCAUGGUAGGGAAUCUGUUCAGCAUCUCAUUGUUGUUAAUUGCCAUGCCUAUGUGAAGUGAGAAUGUAUAAAGGACUUUUCUUAGCUUUCCUUACCUCAUUUUGUCUAGAUGUGUUGCAUUUCUAUGAAAAGAUGAUGUUUCUCUUUUUCCUUAGAAAACGUUUAGAAUGUCUUGUGAUAUUUAUUAACAGCCAGUCAGUCUUCUGCUCUCCAAAAUGAAUGUUUUGCUUACUGAGCCAGUAAAAUUCCCUCCCUCCUAAUUGAGGUGUUCAAAAAUUCAGUAGCCCUGUCACUAAAAUUGAGCCACAGGUAAAUACAGAUAACAGCUUUUGGCCUUUGGAGUAGCAGCUGCCAAUUACUGCAUACUUUUCUCAGAAUUUAUUUUAAGUAACUGUUUUCCUCAUCUAUGUCUGCAGAGGCUUAAAGGGAAGCACGUGCCCAUAGGUCUUAGGGUUUGUUAAUUACCAAAGACCAGAAAACUUCCAGCUCGGCGCAGGUUGUUUCUGCCCAGCAGAUCUCAGACAAAUUCCACGCCGCUAGUGAGGUUAUUCCACACACAACAGAAAAUUCAGUUGUAUGGGGGGUAGACUUGUCAGAAAGGGUUUCCUUCCUCGCCGUGCUGAAGGAACAGGCUAUAGACAGAUCUUCCUGGAGUUUGUCAGAUGAGCAAGUGCCGUGUGGGUGCAUAUUCUGUUAAGAGCCCAGAACAGUCUUUGGGCAGCCUUCUCCUUGCAAGGUGCAACAUCUCCGUUCCAGCACGGCCGUGCGGAGCUGAAGGUAGCCACGUACCGCUCUCAGGGGGAUGCCAGUCUGGCAGAAGGCUGCCUUGACACCCACGCUUGUGAAGCCUCAACCCCUCUGUACUGAAAGGGCUUCACGCGGACCGUUCCCAAGUCAAGAGGGAGGGAGCUCGUGGAGGUGACCCGUAGUCCUGCUCGGUUAGGAGCCUUAAGCCCAGCCUGGAGAUGCUGGGUCUGGCUGAGCUGCAGCCCGAGAGAGCUGAAGGCGUGAGGAACACCAACACCUCCGUGCAAAGUUUGGCUUCUCUCCUCUCUGGCUGCUGCUCGUAGUGCCUGGUGGCAGCGUGGCAGGUGGAGGGAGCACUGAAAUUCAGCACCUGAGGUAGCACGUCAGUGUUUAGCUGUGGCUAAUUUUAGAUCCUACCUGAAUGUACCAAACUUGCCUCAAAGCACAGAGUCCCUCCUCUACAUCAGAAACGGGAAGAAGAAGAAACAAAGAAGCGUUUGGUUUGAAUUAAAGGAAAGAAAAUUAUUUGCCUUCGAUUCAGUUUAUGUAAAUAGACAUUUGAAGUGGCAAAUUCCACCAUUUCUUCCCUUCUAGAUCCGUUUGCCUCUCUGCCUGUACAUACCCAGCUGGCUUGGUUGGUGGGGACCAGUCUGUAUCUUGUUUCCUGUUGUGUGCUGUAUGCAGAAGAUGUCUUUCUUUUGUCUGUAGUGUUUUAUAAUUUGGGUUUUGUCCUUUUGCUUACUUUUUGUAUCUCACCCUUUGAAUAAAAUCAAGUGCCCUACAUUAAACAAA